GCCGGCAUCAUCCGGGAUCGCAGCGGUCCUUAUUUCCGUCGGCGGCACAGGGCACAGGCCCGGAGAAGGGAGGAUGCAACGGACUCCGCCACCUCCCCCUCUCGCCCAUUCCGUUUGCCCCGUCUUUGCUCUUGUCCUCCCCCCCCCCCUUCACUCCUUCCUUUCCACCAUGCCCGCGGCCGCCUCCGCCUCCACCGCCCCCACCAAGGGCUCUGUCAUCUGGGUCGAUGGAUGCUUCGACAUGAUGCACUUCGGCCAUGCGAAUGCCAUGCGCCAGGCGCGCGCUCUCGGCACGCAGCUCAUCGUCGGUGUGCACUCCGACGAGGACAUCGCCCACCACAAGGGCCCGACCGUGAUGCAGGAGCGCGAGCGCUAUGAAGCGGUGCGCGGCUGCAAGUGGGUCGACCGCGUGGUCGAGGCGUCGCCGUAUGUCACCGAGCUGGAGGUCGUUGAGGCCGAGGGCGCCGAUUGGGUGGCCCACGGUGAUGAUAUCACCAGCAGCGCCGAUGGACGCGACACCUACUGGCGCGUCAAGGAGGCCGGCAAAUACAUUGAGUUCAAGCGCACCGAGGGCGUGUCUACCACUGACCUGGUUGGCCGCAUGCUUCUCUGCACUCGGGAGCAUUUCACCAAGCCGGUGGAUGAUGACCAGGAGUCCAUCCUUGGCAUGUCCUCUCUGGCUGCCACGCAGCUGCAGGACUUUGCGGCUGCCUCUUGCGGCAUCCCUGCCACGCGCGUCAGCCACUACCGCCCCAAGUCCAAGACCAUUUCGCCUCUUUUCCCGGAGGGCGGCCCCGCGCCUGGUGCCCGCAUUGUCCUGGUGUCCGGUGCCUUUGACCUGUUCCAUGUCGGGCACAUCCGUUUCCUUGAGCGCGCGCGUGCUCUCGGUGACUACCUGGUUGUCGCGGUGCAGGAUGACCAGACUGUCAAUCGCAUUAAGGGCAACAACAUGCCCAUCAUGAACCUGUAUGAGCGCACGCUCGGUGUUCUGAGCUGCCGCUUCGUUGAUGAGGUCAUCAUCGGGGCCCCAUACAGUGUGGACGAUGUGGUCCUCGAGCACUUCAAGGACGUCGGCGGUGUGGCGGUCGUUGCCCAUGGCCAGACCGACACCAUCCCCGAUGUUGAUGGCUCCGAUCCGUAUGCCACGGCUCGCGAGCGUGGCAUCUUCCAGCGUGUGCUUGCGCCGGCUGGCAAGGACGCCAUUGAUGUCGAAUUGUCGGCUGUCACCUCGGAGGAUGUCAUCCGCCGGAUCAUCAACCGCCGCAGCGUCUACGAGGAGCGCAAUCGCCGUAAGGACCAGAAGGCCGCCGUCGAGGAGCAGCUCCUCUCGGCCCAGAACCAGAGCUAGAUACCGAUGUCUGUCGGGUGACCGAGAGUCCAUUGCAUUGCAUUGCAUUGCAUUGCAUUGUGUGGCUGUGUCAUUGGCUGUUCUAGUCGUGCCGAAGUCGCUUGGGCUGGCCCUGGUCGUUGGGCCUACCCAAGUCUCGCUUCGCGGUGUGCUCUCUCCGGUCGAAAAACUGUGCCCAGUCAGCCGGUUGUGGCCGAUCGAGAUGCACACCAGCAGAGGAUUAUUUCCGCCCAAAUCCAAACAUAUUCCCA